UUCUGCACAGUAAAAGGGAAGGGGUUGACCACAGCUUUAAGUUUUCUCUUUAUAACACCAACACAUUCUGCACUUCAGCAUUUCUCGGUAUACUUUCCGCAGCACCGCUGGGGAGAGGAAACAAAAGGAAGACCCUACGCAGUUAUGCUCAUAUUUGGACUGAGAGAUAGACAGCUGCAGAAAGUUGAACACACAAUGACUGAAGGAAAGGGUCGAGCACUUUAUGAGGGUCGCAAAUUUUGGAUAGUUUGUCCUACACAUUAAACUCAAAAGGGGGUGGUGGGGGGGAGAAUACACUGGAGUGACUCUGAUGGGAAGGAAAGGACUGCGAGAAGUGAUCCUCCAACAGAGUUUGUGCGCAAGAAGAAACAAGAGCAAACAUCCGUUAAUGGACUUCAAUGACUCGGACUGAGGAUCGCAAAAACCACCAUGACUAAAAACAUCUCCACUCCGUAUGCCACAACCACCUUCCAGACUCCCAACAGCUCCCUUUGUCUCACAGAGAGCAGCGAGAUGAACUUCACCGCGAACAACCAAACCUGUCUGAACGACGGCACGCUGCGGAGCCUGCUGGCGGUGUUCUACACUGUAAUCUUCGUCGUGGGUCUCGUUGGGAACCUGGUGGCUCUGUGGGUUUUCUUCUUCGUCGACUCUAAGAAGAACUCGGUGCGGGUCUUUCUCAUAAACACAGCUUUCGCGGACCUGCUGCUGGUGGUGUGUCUGCCGUUCAAGAUACUCUACUACAGCCGCGGAAGCGUCUGGACGCUGGGUCCCACGCUGUGUAAAGUCGUGGGCAACCUCUUUUACAUGAACAUGUACAUCAGUGUCACGGUGCUGGGGCUGAUCAGCGUGGACCGCUACAUGAAGAUCCAUCACGGCGCGCGGAGUCAGCACAGACUGCGGUCCACAAAGUGGAGCACCGCGCUCUGCGCCGUUGUCUGGAUUGUGGCCUUCGCUGUGAUUUUGUUGUUCCUGGUGUCCAAGAAUCACCUACAGCAGGACAGGUGUUUCCACUACAAGCAGCUCCUUGAUGCAAAGUGGAAAGCCUACAUCAACAUCUCAGUGCUGGUCUUCUUCUGGCUCGUCUUCGUCGCUCUGAUGGUGUCUUACGGAAAGAUCGCCCUCAAGCUUCGGAGGACGUCACAAGAGAAGCCCGACCUGCCCAACGCGUCCCGCUAUGCCCGAACUGCCAGGAAGUCCUUCUUCAUCCUCUUCCUCUUCACCGUGUGCUUCGUCCCCUAUCACACGGUCAGGGUGUUCUACAUCGUAACGCAGAUCACACACACGUCGUGUUUCUGGCAGGGCGUCGCCGACAAAGCCAACGAGCUGGCUUUGCUGCUUUCAGCCCUCAACAGCUGCCUGGAUCCGGUCAUGUUCUUCCUCUUGUCCUCGUCGGUGAGGAAGGAGGUGCUGCGCUUGGUGGGCAACGUGUGCUGUGCGCCAGAUUUGGCUGGAGUGAGCGGGAGCAGCUCCACGGCGGAGCAGGACGGCAAGACCAGCAGGACGGACAGGGGACAGGCUAACGUCAGCUAUAGCAGCCAUUUGAGGGAGAGGACGGUUACUGAAUUCUGCCAGGCUGGUAUGUAAAGCUACUCCGAGACACGGAGCCUCCAUCUUUUCCAAAGGACGACAUGACAGUAGUCUACAUCGACAAGGUUUCACUUCCGGGGUUGCUCCGGUGCCGCCGGAAAUCCAGCCGGAUGUCCCUCAUAUUGGCCGGAUGUCCGUCCCCUUCCUCUUUCUUUGUGUUGGCGUUCUAAC